CCCCCCCCCCACGCCGCCCCCCCCAUCCCCCCGCCCACCCCGCCCCGCCGUCACCCGGUCUCUCGUAUCCGGCGGCGGUCCGCCUCCAUUCGCCGCUCGUUCGCUUCGCAGACGCGUUCUUCCGUCCGCCUCGCGGGCUCGCUGGGGAGAGCGGCAGCAGCCAUGGCCAUCGGGUCUCUCAUCGCAGCCGCGUCCAGGUCCAGCCGCCACGCCCUCGCCUCCGCCGCCAUCUCCCAGGCGGCUUACAGGGCGCGCCAGCACGCCGGAGUGCCUCCUCUGCUCUCGCGGCUUGCACCACUCGCCCGCGCCUUCAGCUCAAGCCCUGCAGCAGCCGAUGUCGAUUCAGGUGUCCCUGUCAUGGAAGUGCAGAAACGGCGGGUGGGCAAAAAGGCCAAGGGCGCGAAAAGCGGAAAAGCCAUGAUGUUCCCACUCCAUUUCCACUACGAAGAUGUGUUGCGUGAGGAUCUGUUGCUCAAACUGAACCACACCAACACCAUGGAGGUCCCUGGGUUGUUUGAGAUCCGACUGGUGCCCAAGUCUACCACCGGUGCCAAAAUCCAGUUUGGGAAACUGGCCAUGGAGAUUCUGUGCGGCCAGAGAUGCAUACAGGCGGAGCUACCCGCCCAUCUGAAAGGGAAGGCGACCAAUGCAUACCUGGGAUCCCAGAAAGACGCCGUGUCCCUAAGGCAGAGCAUCAUCCGCGGUCACGGGAUGUACAACUUCCUGGUAAGGGUCAUGACGGUGAUGUCCAUGCUGGAUUCCAAGGUGGCGAUCGAGCAGGGGAACUGCGUCAAGUUCUUCAUGGCGACGGAGUUCUGUGAGUUCUCCCCAGAGAUAGAGGACCACUUUGAGAUCUUUGAGACCAUCGGAGGGUUCAACGUGACCAUUGUCACCACUGCCUGCUCGAAAGAGGAGACCUCGCUGCUGUGGAGCGGCUUCUUGCUCAAGGAUGAAGGUGAGAUCAGCUAAGUCCGAUGCUUGAGUGAGAUCACGAGCGUCGCGGCUAAAGACGAAAUGAGACAGAAACUUCUAUCGUUUUGUGAUCCGAUCUUUUCUAGCUAGAGUCGAUGACCAGCUGUCCAUUAUGGAGCAAUCUUGUUGGGGGAUGUAACUGAGUUCCUCCUGUUGUGUUUAUCUUGAGAAGAGGCUCGUUUUUUCUUCAGUAUGCAGACAUUCUGAUUUCUAUUACGGUGGCAAAAGAUUCUAGAUGGUGAUUCAUCCUAGUUGUAUCCUGGUAGGCUGUGGUCAUCCUCUUCACGUGAAGAUAAUUGAAUAAUAAUGCAGUUGAUUAAACAUGCUUGAAAUAUAUGGCUAAUUUCUAUA